AUGGCGUUGCCGCUGCUGGAGCCAUGUCAACCAAUGCCUCUGCCAGGAACCCUCGCUUCCACCAGUCUGGCGGUGGCGAGGAUGCUGCGCCGGUGGAACUUCAAGGAGGGCUCUGGUCUCGGUCCUCGGGGAAAAGGGAUCGUCGCCCCCGUGCAGGCCGUAGUACAACAGAACCAGCACACCGGCAUAGGCUACAGCCAGAAAGCUUUGUACGAUAACGGCCUUCCGGACAAGCCGCCGGUGGUCGAAGAGGAGUGGCGCCGUCGCUGCGAGGAUCUCUGCCGGGUCCUGGCGCUCGAAGAGGAGUGCUGCGAGAAGACCAUCGCGAUGCUGCGCGACAUGACGGAAGAGGACGACAUCAGCGUAGAGGCGGCUGACGCGCUGGCGGCGAUCAUGGAGUCCAAGAAGGUGAAGGAAGGGCGCACCCCAGGGAUGUGGAAAGCCACGUUGCCUUCUUCCACGAGGAAGUACAUCGUCGAGGAGGUGAUCAAGCCGGCGAUGGCCGCGGAGGCGCAGGAGUGGAAGCCAUCGUGGGACCCGGACUGCCACCACUGGCUGCGGCCGUGGAUCCCCCUGAUCGGCCACUUGCCGGAAGAUCUCUACGACACCGUCGAGAGCAAGAUCCUGUCCCGCGCCGACGAGUUAGACUACCACGACGUCGUGUCCCCAUGGAAAGAUUACAUGCAUCCGACGCAGUGGAACACCUUCACCCGGCGCCACAUCCUGCCGAUGCUCACCCGUCUUGUGCGGGAGCUGAUGUUCACGCCGCCGAAGCAGAUCGACCCCUCGUUGCAAACGGCGAUGCUAUGGGCGCCUCUCGUGCCUGUGCAGGACGUGGUCUCGAUCCUUGAAGAGGAGCUGUUCUUCGACAGAUACGAAGACUCGCUGCGCCACUGGAUGCAGUCCGGCGGCAAGCCGCCCCUCUCGGAGGCCGUCGCGUGGUGCACGGGCUGGAAGAACUUCUUCACGCCGGAGCUGCUCGCCGAGGAACGCGUGCUCGCGCGUCUGGAUGCCGUCAUGGCCUUGGUCGAUGGUGAAGCGUACCUAGGAGUAGGAACGCAGAAGUCUGCGCAGGCUUUGUUGGUAGACUGCAUGCAUCGCCUAGUACAAGUUGCCUUGUAA